UUCCGAGAAGGAACGCUGCAUGGUUUUGAAGGAAUUUAUCUCACCGUUUUAACAUGUCUACCGAGGGUGAAUACAUUACCGAACCGGUGGCGGAGGCUGUUGAGCCAGUUACAGCAGAGGCGGGGGAGGAGGCAGUAACGGAAAACGUAUCGGCUCCUAUAUCAGCUUCUGAAAAUUCGCAUGAUGUAGAAUCGCCAAAUGUGGAGCAGAGCUCUGGAGAGGCUGAUAACGGAGGUGACACAGCGGAGCAUUCUACAUAUAAAGGUCCUGAGGGCACAAGUCCUCAAGAGAGACUUAAGUUUUUCGUUGGAGGCUUGCAUCCAACUGUGGAUGAGGGCAUGUUAACCGAACACUUUAUGAAGUAUGGCAGGGUGAUAACAGCUCAGGUUAUGCGUGACUACAACUCCGGUAGGAGUAGGGGCUUUGGUUUCGUCACGCUAUAUGUUCAGGAAAACACAGAGAAUCUAUUUUCUGAUGAGCACAAUGUCAACGGCAAGCAUGUGGAUGUUCGGCGUAUGCAGAAUGACGCCGCUUCAAACAUGAAGCGAAAGAUAUUUGUCGGAGGUCUUCCAAAGUCUUUAAGUGAGCAGAUGUUAAAAACAUUCUUUGAACGUUUUGGUGCUGUUGAGAAGGUCACCAUCAUGCGUCAAUACGAUGGCAGCUCACGUGGUUUCGGUUUUGUUAUUUUUGCCGUUGACGGUGCUGUUGAGAAGGUCCUUGAGUCCCCCAGUCACUUUGUUUACGGUUCAAAAGUGGACGUCCGUGCUGCUGAAUCACGUAGUAAACAGGCGGCAGCAAGGCUUGAAAAUCAAUACAAAAAUAUGAUGAGGCACGGUUACAAUGCCGAUUAUGGUACAGACCGUACUAUGGCUUUACAAUCUCCAUACGGCAAUGCGCCCAAAGUGGCACCUACUUCUAUGCCUUCGCCGGUUGUGCCUUAUGACGCUCAGUAUUACCAGCAGCAGUUGCUGUAUCAGCAGUAUGCUUUGCAAUCCCAGUAUGCUUACUAUGCGCAGCAGUCAGGAUCAGGUUCUGGGACCACAGACCCUUCUCGCUAUGUCACUCAACGCCCAAAUACCUUUGGUCAGCAGCCUAAUAGUCAAAACAAUAUAGCUCGCAUGUAUCGAUCGAAGCCAUACUGAAAUACUCGUCGACUUGCUAUAUUUAUAGCACUAUCUUGUUACUUCUUGACAAGAGCAACUACGAUACGAUUAUGUAUAGUACGGAUGGCAAUAAUACAAAUUGUCUUUGGAUAUCGGACGCUAAUACCCUAUAGAUCUACGUUUAUGCUUUUGUAGAUGAUGCACUCCGAUAUUAGAUGGAUAUUUUAGGUUAUUAUAGAUGUGGUAUAGGGGUGCCCGUUUUCUUUAAGAGUGUAUUUAGGUAUGGUAUGUAAUAGUUGUCGUCGUAUCUAGACUUCAGUUAUUAAGCGGUUUCCGAGGUAUAUGUAGUCAAAGUUUAGAUGCUGUUGUUAGAAUUGUAGCGUUAUUCUAGGUGAAGCCAUGCACAUUUUCUGCCGUGACUGUAGCAAACACGCUUCACUGGUAUUGUUAUUUACGCUGGUAAGAUCAUUACUUAACGUGUUUGUAUUCUAUUGUGAUGCAAAUUGUUUCAGCUGUUAACUGCCUGUAUUAAGGAGGUUGUAAUGUAAUACACAGAAUGGCAUCGCUAGAUAUUGAGAAUGUUACUA